AUGUCGUCAAUCGGAAAGCAGUGCCACGAUUUUUAUUCCUGGCUCUUGCUCUGCGAUGAUGGGCUCAGCUUCUUCCAAAAGAAUACAACCAGUGGAGAGAGACCCAUCGCAACCAUGGCAUCCUCACGCAUCUUCUCCAUCUCAUCCGAGUCGACCUUCAUCUCCUCGCCCAUCUUCUGGACCGUCGCUGCCAUCCUCGCCUCGAUCCUCAUCUACAACCUCUUCCUCCCACCCGCCUCGCUCCACCGUUCAUCCCCCGUCAAGCCGUACCGCCUCUCGCUGCUCCCCGGUCUCGGUCCGCUGACGCUCUACUCCCAGCGCAACACCUUCCUCCGCAAGGCAUUCGGCGACCCCGAGACCUGGCACACCUCUCCACCCAAGCAGAAUGGUCUUCGUCUCAACUCCCGCGGCCACGUCAUGACCAUCGUCAACGACGUCUCUGCCGACGCAAAGACGUUCUUCAACGAUCGAGGUCUCGACUUUAACCAGGGCUACGAGGUCAUGUUUGCCGGGGUCCCGCAGCUGCCCGCUUGGAUCGCGCCUACUCCGCCUGCCGAGGAUGCCGGUAUCGACGGGUUUGUGAUGAAUCUCAAACAGGCGAUUGGCGGCCAGAGGUUGACGGAGACCAUCCCGGACAUCGUUCGUAUCAUCGUCGAAAACUUCAAAACCUACCCGAGCGAAGGUGGUGAGUUGGAUGUGCACAAGACCAUCUACCCGUUGGUCUUCCAGAUCAGCGUUCUGCUCAUCGGGUUGCAGGAACACGCGCGCGACAUCAACACCGUCAAGGCGCUCGAAACUCCCUUUUGGGAGUUCGCCGAUAACACCGGAUUCAUGGCUACGCACUUCCCACUGCUGCCGUGGCCGUCGACGGUGAAAAAGUGGAUCGGAGCGAUCAAGAUGUCCACCGAGAUCCGUAAGACUCUCGAGAAGCGAAAGAAGGAGGGUAGGAGGGAGAACGAUCACGUUCAGGAGAUGAUCGAUCGCGGGGCGUCUACCAAGUCCAUCGAGGAUUUCGUCAUGGGUGGGUUGUUUGCUGCGAUCAUUAACUCGACCGGUGUCGCGGCGUACGGUUUGAUUUUCCUCUGUUCCAACCCAGAGUUGCGGGAUGAAGUUCGUAACGAAAUGGAUGAAGUCUUCCGUCGAUCAGCGGAGGAGCGAGGUGACGACUACGACUCCCUUUCCCUCACGGAGAAGCUCUCGCGCGUCCCCCUGAGCGUCUGGGAAACCGACUUCCCCACCUACCAAACCGUCCUUGACGAAACCCUCCGCCUCCUCCUCAUCUCCCUCAUCUUCCGUCGCAAACUCCUCACCCCCUCGAAAGUCACCCAAACCACCACGCACAUCUCCUCCGACGUCAUCCGCAACCGCGAAUUCGUAUCCUUCUGGCUAGCCGCCGCCCACCGCAACAGCAACAUCUACUCCGACCCCCUCAAAUUCGACCCCACCCGCUUCGCUAGAGGUGAAGGCAAAGGUGAUGGAGAAUUCGUCCCCUGGGGUGCAGGAAGACACAUCUGUCUGGGGAUGAGGUUUGCAAAGCUCGAGAUCAAGGCGGUUCACGCCGCGUUCUUGUUCAACUUCCCAGAUACAAGGUCCGUCAGUCCGCAAGAUGGGAAGGCGUUCUCCAGCGACGACGUUCCUCUGCCUGAUCAGGAAAGCGAACACAGAAGGUACCCGACAAAACCCGUCGUGCUCAAGUAUGGAACCAACCAUGUCAGCAAGCUGCCUGCCAACGAAUGA